AUGGCUCGUUUAGAAGCUAAAAAGCCAUCAGUAUGUGAAAAUGAACCAUUAACAAGUGGCAGAGUCAGGUCCAUGCUUUCUGUCCUAAAAAGAAUCGUCACAUCGUGCUAUGGCCCUUCCGGUCGGCUGAAACAGCUGCACAACAGUGUUGGAGGGCAUGUCUGCACAACCUCACAGUCAUCAGCCCUGCUUCGUAGCCUUUUAGUCACCCAUCCCAUAUUAAAGAUCCUGACAGCCUCCAUGCAGAAUCAUGUGUCGUGCGUCAGUGACUGUGGUUUAUUCAUGGCCAUUCUUUGCUGCAAUCUCAUUGAAAAUGUUCAGGAAAUAGACUUGACACCCACCACUGUCAUUGAAUUAAAUAAGCUGCUUUUGAGCCUCUGCACCAAUUAUCUCAAAUCUGAAGUCUGUGGUUGUCGGAUCCCAGUUGACUUUAGUAGUACUCAGAUACUCCUUUGUUUGGUACGCAGCAUAUUAACCAGUAAACCUGCCUGUAUGCUUACCAGAAAAGAAGUAGAUCAUAUCAGUGCUUUGGUUCUGAGAGCCUUUUUGCUUACAAUUCCAGAAAAAGCCAAAGACUACGUCAUUUUAGGAAAGACUAUAAUUGUGCCCUUAAAAGAUCAGAGGGUUAUGGAUUCUACUGUAUUACCUGGAAUGCUCAUUGAAAUGUCAGAAGUUCAAUUGAUGAGGAUGUUACCUAUGAAAAAAUCAAGUGCCCUCAAGGUGGCACUCUUUUGUGUGUCUUUAUCUGGAGACUUUUCUGACACUGGAGAAGGAACUUUGGUGGUCAGUUAUGGCGUGGAUCUUGAAAGUGCAGUCCUGGACCAGUUGCUUAAUCUCGGAUGGCAGCUGGUGAGGGACCAGAUAGAUAUUGUCAUGUGCCAAAAGGUUAUACACCCAUCUUUGAAACAGUUUCUUAGUACACAUCGUGUUAUUGCCAUAGAUAGAGUUGGAGUAGCUCUGAUGGAACCACUGAGUAAAAUGACAGGAACACAGCCUAUUGGUUCCCUGAGUUCAAUCUCUCCUAGUAGUUAUGGAAGUGUGAAAGAUUUGUGCACUGCAAAAUUUGGCUCCAAACGUUUUUUUCAUCUUAUUCCUCAUGAAGUGACUGUCUCCAGCUUGCUUCUCUGCAACAGAAGUGACACUACCUGGGAUGAGCUGAAGCUCACAUGUCAAACAGCACUGCAUGUCUUACAGUUAACAAUUAAAGAACCAUUUGUUUUUUUGGGAGGUGGCUGUACUGAAACUCAUUUGGCUGCAUAUAUCAGACACAAGACUCUUAAUGAACCAGGAAGCAUCCUCAAAGGUAAUGAAUGUACUCAAACAGCACUUAGACUAAUUGCUGAAGCAUUUUGCAGUGCUCUGGAAUCUCUUGCUGGCUCUUUAGAACAUGAUGGAGGUGAAAUUCUCACUGACAUGAAGUAUGGACACUUUUGGUCAGUUCAGUCAGAUUGUCCCCCUCUUGUUAACUGGCCCGAUUUGCUAUCCAGAUGUGGGUGUGGAUUACACAGCAGCCAGGAAGAACUCAGCUGGUCUUUCUUAAGAAGCACUCGUCAUCCUUUUGUGCCACAAAACUGCCUCCCACAUGAAGCUGCCACGUCAGCCAACAACCUGACUUUGGAUUGUUUUACGGCUAAGCUUAGUGGCCUACAGGUGGCUGUGGAGACAGCCAAUUUGAUUUUGGACCUUGCAUAUGUCAUUGAAGAUAAAAAUUGA